CUUCCAUUGGACUUGGUUGAAGCGGGAAAGUGUCAUUUGUUAAAAUUAUUUGGUAAAGUUUGUUAAAACUACUCAUACGGCUGUAAACCGCUUACUCGUGCCUAGGUUCUGGUUGUAAACAUGCAGGUUCGGCUCCUGGCUCGUUUAAUAGCAUCUGCGUUAGUUUACAGAAUAACGUAACAGAAGCAGAAGAGCUAACCGACACAACGUCAGUUAGUUUAUCGCACAACGAGACAGCAUUUCAAAGUUUAAAUAACAGGAGGAAAAAGCACUUCCGUCAGACGAGUUAUGUUUAAUAUUUUACAUUUAGUACGCAUGUAUUUGUAACAGUUUUCCACUUCUAAACAAGUCGCCUGGAAACAACUCCUCUUUGUUUACAUCCUAAGUUGUGUUGUCUGAAGGGCCAACUAUUGUCUCAAUGAAAGAGAAUAAAAUGAAGCCAAGACGCACACAAAGACAUAUCGAACCCAGCUGGAAAGGAAAUAUCACCAACACUGGUGAUAAAGCAACAGUGAGCCAGGCUAAACCAUCAUCAUGUGUGUCCUGUCCUGUUGAAGCUGCACCUUUUGCUGGGAAAGUGUUUUACCUGGACCUGCCGUCGAACAGAAUGGCACAGACCCUGGAGAGGGACAUACAGGAUUUGGGAGGGAUUGUUGAGAAGUUCUUCAGUAAAGAAAUUAAGUAUCUGGUCUCCAACAAAAUGGAAGCUAAAUAUGUACACCGCCUGAGGCAGGACUCACCUGUCCCAAGUCCAGAGUCUGGACCGAGUUCCCCUCAUCCUUACUCAAAUCCACACCAGCCUGCGAGCCAUGGGGAUGUCAAAAGCAGGUUUCAGGGCCAAACAGACUCUGUUCUUCCAUUUUCCACAAGCAGAGGAAAAUCUCUGGUGAAGAGAGUGGUUAAAGAACAGAAGAGGGUACACAUGGACAAGAUCCUUUCAAAUGCUCUGGACUGGGGUGUGAAAAUCCUCUAUGUGGAUGAUAUGAUAAGAAAUGUUCAGAAGAAAAAAAAACUCUGCAGCCAAUUUCCUGCUACGACUGUGGUCAAAACAGUAGUGAACGCUCAGUCAUCAGCAAAGCAUGGCUUUCAGAAGGUCAAAGGUGAACGCAUCAGUAAACCCUUUGUCAAGGUUGAGGAUUCUAGCAGACGCUAUCGCCCAGUCUACCUCAGUAUGUCCAGUAUGCCUGAGUUUAACCUGAAAACCAUUCCUCCCUGUACUCCCUUCUGUGUUGACCAAAAGGGUCCUCCUGGGAGCAAGCAGCAAGGAUGCAGAGGUGCCAGUGACAAGAGAGCAAAUGGCCAAAAGAAGAUCAGAGGCAAGAAUCGACAAGGAUUUUGCGAGUGCUGUGAGCUUACAUACGACAAUCUGACAACACAUCUACAGAGUGAACGUCACAAGGCUUUCUCCAAGAGUGAUGAGUACUUGGUGGUGGACAGACUAGUUUCAAACAUGCACUGCAACUUGAUCCACAUCAAAUCUAAAAUGAAAAGUAAACCAAAGUGCAGUGUAUCCUCUGUUGUCAUCAGUCCUGGACCAUGUGGGAAAACUAAGCCAAAGCACAAGGGAGAUGGUGACACCACAGAGACUAUUAAAGAGGAGCAGCUUAUCAACCACACCGAUGAGGGACAUGGGAAGUAUCAGAUAGCACAUGCUUUAAAAAUCACCUCUGAUUCUGGUCCUGCUCCUCUUCAUCACACAGAGGGCAACAGGAGGUACUGUCGCACUUACUCAAAUACGUCCAAGCACAGAUCCCUUGGACGAAAAAGACCAUGUGGACAGAACUGGACUUCAUGUUAUCAGGCUGAUCAAGACCGAACUCCUCAGUUCAAGGAGGAAACAGCUCCCUCUAGAGGUGAAUGUGUUGCCUCUAAUCAACCCUUUCCUCCUGGAGUUACUCCAGUUGAUCUAUGGGGACCAAUAUGUCAAACAGACAUUGACAGAUCAGCCACAAACACUCAUGAUAUGAACACACAGAAGGAAGCAUCCUCAAAAAGCUUGAAUGUUAUGACAAAACAGGAGUCUCCAAAGAGGCAGGACACUUCACUGUGUGACAUGAAGCGGAGUGGAAAUGUCAAAAUGACUGAGAACAGUCUCUCAGAAAAGGAGACUGGUCUUCAACCCCAAGACUUCUCACCAGUACGAAGAAUACAAAGAAGGGUCAGAGUUUACAAGCGUAAAAGACGUAAAGUCGAUGCACAGGUUUUCUGCCAAGAACAUGUGCAGUUAAAUGACAGCGCUGAUAACAGCUUACUGAGGCUGUGGGAGCUGUUUCAGUCUAGUGAUGACAUGGACGUGGAAUUUUUGGGGUUUGAGGACUAAUAAGGAACCGAAGGGAUUAAAAGGAUUAAAAAUGCCAAAUCUCCAAAAACAUUCUCUACCAUGGACUGAAUGCUGUGAUGAUUUUUAAAUUUUGCAUACUUUUCCUCAGUUUGAUUUCAGAUGAAAGGCAGCUGCUGAUGUGUAAUAUGUAGAAUAUAACAUGGUAAAGAUAUAAAAGAUGUACAAUAUAUUAAAAAUGAUAAUUACAUUUACAUUGGCCUUAAAAUGUGUACUUUUAACAUUACAUUAUGCACAUACUUUGUGUGACAGAAUUGAUUGAAAUUGAAUUUAUAUUUUGUUCAGAAAGGAUUUAAAAUUGAAUGUAUUUUGCACAAAAUGUCAGCUUUCACAAAACUGAUCUUUUUCGGUUUAUGAUGAAAAAUGUGUUUCUGACAUGAUAAUGUCCAUUCAGUAAAAUAUCCACCAUUUUUAUGUUUGCUACGUGUUGUCCAUGCUGCUUAAAUCACUGCUUGCAAUAUUCAUUGUUUCAUACAGAUAUUUUGUUCUUUUCACAACAGAAAACAAAAAGUUGACCUUACAGGGCAUCAGGUUUUUUUUUUUGUUUUUUUUAACAUAAUACUUUUACAAAAACACACAACCAACUGCAAUAAAAUGCCAGCCACAGACAAAGGAGAAAAAAGUCAAUUUGUUUUGUAAUAAUCAUUUGAUGGAGAGCACUUUGUUUGGCUCUGAAGCCAGAUGUAAACAAAGAUGAGUAUAGAAACAAAUGUAUAAAGUGUCACAAAAUUUAACAAAUUUUUUGCCUCUGCCAAAUAGUAUAUUUUACAGUUUUGGUAAAUAUA